AUUUAUACAUAUACAUAUAUAUAUUUGUGGGUGUAUAUAUAAUACCCGCCUUCACAUUCGUAUAAGAACUUCCUCAUCAAUACAACAAAUUAAUUAAUUAAUUUCCAAAUUUUUUUUUCUUCUCAAGAUAUGACUAAAACGAAAAUCCUCACAUGGAAAUGCAUCAUCCUAGGCUGUUACAAGAGCACUGCAGAUCCAGAGAGCCGCCUGCCGCAGCCAGUUCUUAAGCAAACCCCUUUGCUGCAGCCGAGACUCUCCAUCUCGGAUGUAAGCGAUGAUCCGAGCUCGACUCUCUUCGCAGACGAUCUCUCCAACCCCCUCAUCGGCCUCAACCUUCACGUGUUUUCGCUCGUGGAGCUUGGAAUUGUCACAAGAAAUUUUUCACGGAGUAGUCUACUCGGGGAAGGUGGGUUUGGACCAGUGUUCAAAGGGUUUGUUGGUGACAAGCUUAGGCCUGGAUUGAAGGCUCAGCCUGUAGCUGUCAAGCUGUUGGACUUGGAUGGUUUGCAAGGCCACAAAGAAUGGCUGACAGAGAUUAUAUUUCUUGGGCAACUGAGGCAUCCAAAUCUUGUGAAGCUGAUUGGAUAUUGUUGUGAAGACGAGCACAGGCUUCUAGUUUAUGAAUACAUAGCAGGAGGAAGCUUAGAAAAUCAACUCUUCAGAAGUUAUUCCACUCCUCUGUCAUGGUCGAAAAGAAUGAAAAUCGCCGUUGGGGCGGCGAAGGGCCUUGCGUUCCUCCAUGAAGCAGAUCAUAAGCCUGUCAUAUUCAGAGAUUUCAAGACUUCCAACGUUCUGCUGGAAUCUGAUCAUACAGCUAAACUUUCAGAUUUCGGGUUAGCAAGGGACGGUCCAGAAGGAGAAGACACACAUAUAACAACACGUAGAAUAGGGACACGGGGGUAUGCAGACCCUGAAUACAUCAUGACUGGUUGCCUGACGACCAAGAGUGAUGUCUAUAGUUUUGGAGUUGUUCUACUAGAGCUCUUGACGGGUAAACGGUGCAUAGAUAAUAGCCGUCCCAAACGCGAACAGAACCUUGUGGAGUGGGCAAAACCUCGGUUGAAGGACCCGAGAAAGCUCGACCGGAUUAUAGACCCGAUGAUGGAGGGACAGUACUCGACCCGAGGGGCUCGAAAGGCGGCUGCAUUGGCUUACAGUUGCUUGAGCCACAAUCCAAAGCAAAGGCCUAGGAUGAGUGAUGUGGUUGUGAUAUUGGAGGGUCUUCAGGACUUCAAUGAGGAGUUAGUUAGGCCAUUUGUUUAUGUAGCACCAAAUGAUGAGGAUAGUAAUAGUAGCAUCAAAAGCAUUGUAACAACAUCUCCAAAGGAGAUGUCAAAUUUAAAACAUCAAAACGAUAUUUGAUGGCUUAGAGAAUCUCCAAAGGAGAAGUCAAAAAGUCUGUAUCAGCAAUAACAAUAAAAAAG